AUGCGGAAAGGUGGUGAUGACGGUUGAAAUUUAGGAUUGCUAGGAAAAGUGAUAACAUUGUGGUCGAAAAAAAAAAUUUAAUUACAUAUGCAAAUUGAACUAUAUGUAUGUAUGUAUAUAUGUAUAAACAAUAAAUCCCGAAAUUCGUGCACUAUUUAAAGAAGGGCUAAUCAAGACUAGUUUGUAGCCGCUACAACAACAACAACAAGACUAGAUUUUUAUAUGGGAGCAGAUUACUUUAGCGAGGAAUUUAUCUACACAUCCUUCAGGCAGCUGGAGUAGUUUUUGUCGUUGCGUGAGCAUUGUAAAAACGUCAAAGAUGAUCAGCCAGGAGUAAUGCAAACGAUGUGCUAAUUGUUUACAAGCGUGUAAUUUUGGUUGUAAAGCGCAGAAAGUAUGCUUAUACACAAAAGUUAAUGCAAGUAAAUAACAACGAGAGUUUGUGUUUUAAGUGCAGAUGCAUGUAUAUAUGUAUGUGUGUGUAUAUUGGUAAACAGUACAAUUUCUGCAUGCAGUCGCUUUGAGAAUAAUUGCUGCAUUACAAAAUCAGCUGAGGAAAAAAAGCAUACAAACAAGAAUAUCUAACGCUGUGGCCCCAUUUAAAUUGCAUUUAGCUGCUGCUGCUCAGUGAAAAGAAAGUGAAUUUUUAAUUUUUUUUUUUAACUUGCUUCUGUCGUUGUGCACGAAUUGUGACAAAAGAAAAAAAGCGAAAUAAAGGCUGCCGUGAAGAGCAAAACAAAAGUCAUCAAAUAUAAAAGCAACGUCAGGGCCGUCUCGUGCAGUACAAAUGCAUAGGCCACGGCAGGCGCGGCGCUGAAGUGAAUUGUGCCCAUCAACAAACUUGUAUUUCAAAGCGAGUGUGUAUACGCCAGCGAAGUCGGCGAAUGUGUUUUACAUAUACAUACAAGUGUUUGUUUUUGACAACUUUGCGCAAAAUCUGAGUGCAAUUAAAAAAUUGACAUGCUUUCGUUCUAUAAAUAACACCAAUUGAUAGUAGGAAUAUCAUAUUAAAUAGCCGCGAAAUUUAUGGAAUGCAAUCCAACGCACUUACGAAAUUUUGCUCCACUUUAUGUACAUAUGUAUGUACUUACAUACAUGCGUAUUUGCUCAACGAAGUAUCAAGUCCUCAACAUCGAAUGCACUCCUCGCAUUGAAGUAAACAAUCAAGUAAAAUGAAUGCAACCGUAAACCGCAACGCAGUUCCAUCAAGCGAUCGGCUGCAGUUGUCAUUCUAUCAAAAGAACAACAAUAAUAAGCCCACAUACUACUACUUCCCCCAAGUAGCCAAACACAAGGCAUACGCAAUGCGGUCACGAAUUGACGGCGAGAACGAAAGUCAUGAUAUAGAAGAAGAGAAAGCUACAGAUCUAAGGCGCGUCGAGGACCCCCACACAACUAAUAGCGCGCCAACUCGUGCGGCUGCACUUUUCUUCGAUGAACACAGUAUACUGCUGGAAAACACUUCCCGAAUAGGCGCUAUCUCAUUUCCACUAAACUCGUUGCAUAAAAGUAACAGCUACAGCGGUGUCAUGCGUCCUAAAGCGACUGUGCUUAGGCAGGAUAGCCUGAAUGGCCGCAUCGCCACUAGCCUUACGGACGAUGGGAUAACGAGUAGCACUUACAAAAGCGCACUUUAUACGGCUGCGUCAUCCAACAAUGAUCUAGUAUCCAACACGCUCAACAACUACGAUGAUGAUGCUGUCGUUGAUUUUCAUGAUGAACAUGAUCUACUAAUGCCGUCAGCAACUAAUGCUGCUGGCAGUGCCGGUGUCGGUGGUAGCAAUGGCAAUGCAUCCAGCUUACGUCGUAAUACACGUGGCGCGAUCAAAGCGCGCAAUACGGCUUGCAAUCGCUUAAGUCACAACCGUAAAUGUUUAUUUGGGCUAGCUUUGUUGCUGCUUGCUAUUACGGCGUUUAUGUUUUUCGCUUAUCUAACGCGCGACUAUACAAAGCAAUUUUUACUGUGGAUCGAAAUGCAAAAUCCAUGGAUUAUAGUGGCUAUACUGAUAGCUUUAUUUGUGGUGGUUAGCUUUCCGAUAGUGGUGGGAUAUUUCUUGCUAAUGCUCACUUCUGGCUACUUGUUCGGCGCUUUGAAAGGCGUACUUAUUGUCGUGGUUGGUGCGAAUUUAGGGGUCGCCGUCGCUCAUUGGACAAUACGGAGUUUUCGCCAUCGUAUACCAAUUCAUAAACUAAUUAAAAACGAGACUGGUCGAUCUAUAUUGCGCGUUAUAUCGGGGCCUAAAGCAUUCAAAGUAGUGUUAUUCACACGCUUAACGCCCAUUCCAUUUGGCUUGCAAAACACAAUAUUUGCGGUCAGUGCCAUUAAUCCGCGUGUCUAUCACACAGCCUCGCUAUUAGGACUGAUGCCAGCGCAAAUGAUCAAUGCGUACUUGGGGUCGACACUGCGUUCCAUGCAGGAAGUGCUUAGCAGUCAUGGUGGAGCGGCGGUGUCGGGGUACAUUAGUUUCGGACUGGAGGUCAUCUGCGGUGUGGGGCUCAUGGUGUGGGUGAUACAAAAAGCGCGCAAAGAAUUGGCUGAAACCCUGCUCUCCGAUCUUAGCAACGAAGAAAAACUAAUCGAGAUCGAUGUGUGAUUGUUGUGAUGUGCGACGAGAAGAAGGACUGCUAUUGUUGUUUUCCUUUUAAGAACGAUAAGCGCUGUUAUAAACUUUGAAUGCUCAAUGAAAACUCGAAAUCAAGGCUGGCUAUUGCCAACUUAAGAGUAUGCAUAAUAAAACAUACUUACAUAUGUACAUAUGUGGAUAGGACGUACCUGUAAGCUUCCUAGACAUUUUCAUGUAAAAAAACGUCAAACGUUCACUAAACAUACAUACAUAUGUACAUGAAAGACUAUUUUAUAAAUAUUUGCUCGCUUGUGUUUUUGUAAUAUACUAUGUACGUAAACAUUUAUUUUUUCAUUUGGAAAUGCAUUCAUAUACAUACAUACGUAAGAAUUAGUAUACACCAAGAAUUAUUUUAGAAAUUAAAAAAAAAUUAUAUGUAUAUAAAUUUUAUAUAUUUACUUAGAUAAAUAACAAGCCAAAUUGAUGUAGUCUGUAUAUGAGAAUAUUUAAUAUACAUACAUAGAUACAUAUGUAGUAUCUAAAUAAAUUUGUUCAAUUAAAAUUCUGAAUUUUCUUACAAGUUAAGCCUACAUAUUUAUUUAGCAUUAAAGACAAGUAUUAACCCAAAAAUGUAAUGAGUAUUUUUAAUUUUAUAUUUAUAAAAAUUUGGGUAUACAAAAAUAUGCUUUCGAUAUAACAAAUAAUAGUUCAGCUAUAACAGAGUAACAUAAGCAACUUAUUUUGUCUUGACCUCUUUCGAUUCUAAGAUUAGUAAUUCCGAUCAUUAGAAAAAAGGAUGUUAUUAAAUUAUAUAUAUAUAUAUUCAUACAUCUAUGAAAUUGCAGCUGCUUUUGAUAAAAACAUAUUUGCAAUUCAGUAAUUAAAAAUGCAGUAAAAUGCUUGACGGUUGGUCAAAAAUCUAUUUAAUACAUAACAAUAUGAUAUUGCAUUUCAUUUUAUAUUAUAAAUUUAGUUUUUAAAAUUAUAGAUAUUUGUACAUAUGUACAUACAUACAUACAUGCGUAUGAAUGUGUGCGAUAUAUCCUUCUUACAUAUUGGAUUCCAUUUUGUAAUACUUUUUAUACUGUACAUACACAUCGUCGAUGUGUUUGCAAAACCGCCCAUCGACCAGUUGCAAAACCGCCUAAAUCGCCGUUGUGGCAAAAAUGAGAUUUGGUAACCCUGAACUCCAGGCAUCGAGAUCUUUGCAUAAAAGCCGUUAUUAAAACAGAUUUGUGAAAUAAUAGCUAGAGAAAAUACCGCCUAUUAGGGCAAUACCUUCAAAGAAUAAACCGUUUUUCGCUCUCCUGUAAAA